AUGGAGACCUAUUAUGGACACGUCCGCACCUCUGCGGACGCACUAAUUCUCCUUGAGGCUUGUCGCACUGGUUUACUACCACGAGUGCAGAGACGAUGGUCAGAGAAGGAACGGCAAUUAAUUCGAUCUGGCUCUGUAUUUGUUUGGGAUGAGCGGGAAGCAGGUAUGCGAAGAUGGACGGACGGCAAAUCAUGGAGUGCCAGUCGAGUCUCCGGGAGCUUUCUGACUUACCGAGAGAUGGAAGGCAAGCGUGGUGGCAACAUCUCUCGGAUGUCUGUAUCCAAAGCCGGCAAGACACCUGAGAGCACACAGGACACCGAUGCGGAUCACGCUGACAGGGUGGGUGAUGAGGGACCGGAUGGUUACCAAUAUAAGCCAAACGGCUUAGUGAAGCAGUCAUUUAGCACCACGACUUCCUCUGGCCAGCACUUCCACCUUAUCAGCUACUACACUCGCUCCCACCCUUUUGCCGCCAACUUGCAACAACCCACUAUAGAUCCUACCUUGCGACAUGUACGACCUCAGAAAAGUUUCUACCCCAAGUCAACGGCCGACGACCAACAGAACCUUCCAAUGGCUUCCCCUAGAUCUAUAGCCGGCGUAGUAGCCGGUCCGAUCAUCCCUCGCCCUAUACCUUCGUAUGCUUGGCCUCCAACUCCGCUGACUACCCCACCUACUGUCGCUGUUACACCCUACGGUGUUCCUUUCUACGUUCAUCCUGUCUUCUCAGCUGCACAUGCGCCAGGUCCUCCCUCAUAUGAGCACCAGCAAUGUAAAAGCCUUCCUCGCCCCGCGUUUCAAGCUCAUGUUCUUCCCCCGUCUCCACACUGCAUUCAAUAUGAGAGGCCAUAUUCUGAAUCAGGUCUACCUGCUGCUGGCUGGCCUGCAGCUGGUCCGCCAGUCUAUCCAGAUAGCUCUUCCCAUCUUGUGCCUGAAAUUUCACCUCAGCAGAUAAGACCACGGGAUAUCGGGCCAGUCGCAACUGACUCUCAUCUGGCUUCGCCACGAGUACCACUAAUCGCAAGUAUACCACCACAUGGUGUUGUCAGCGGUACCCCACAUCUGCUGAAGCAGACUGUUCUCGUUGCGCCGCAGCAUGCUGGUCUCAUGGGAACCCUACCUGAGCCUACUGAAACCGCUCGUCGUGUCCCCUUCAUCGGCCAAUUGAUGAAUGGGACUUCGCCUACCCCUGUCACCUCCCUGAUUGUUAAAACGGGCGAAUCUGGAAGUCGACCGGGUGACCGUACUCCUACUGGGGGCGAGGGGCCGCGAGAUAUUCCUCACGAGAAGAUCAGCCUUGAUGGAGAGGACAUCCGGGCGCUGCGCCGGUUGAACCGGGUAUUCAUCUAA